UUGUUUUCUGAUCUCUUAAGUCGAGGGUAUCAAGGAAGAGAUGAUAGGAGAGACCGCUACAGCCAAGGACGACAUGCAGACCGAUACCAUCCAUACCAGAGAAACGACAGACAAGGUGGUCGCUAUGGUGAUCGUCAUGGUGACAGGUAUGGCAGCCGAUCACAUGACCGAUAUGAUGACAGAUCACGUUAUGAGCGUAAAAAGCCUGCAACAGAGUAUGGUUCCCAGGGAUACUUCCAGUACUACUAUUGAACAAAAAAUUCUUUUUUUUCUUGUAAUAUAAAUAACAUCUCGCUGUGUUCUUUUAAUAUCAUAUCACAAUGCUUCUUCYACUUCCUCUACUAUUGUAGUAUUGCGUAAAUAUCUUUGAAAAACAAAGUGUCCCAACUUAAUAGGUGUGAAAGAAGGUUUCUAUCAUUGCAUGCUCAACAAUUGUCUCGCUUUCAUUGAAGGCAUGGCUACCUUUCAAGAUGGCGUAGGUAACCGUGAAGGAGACUAUUAUAAUUCUAUUCCCAUUCUUGCUAUAGAUUCAGAAAUCUCUUAUUUUGAUUUUAAUGUAGGUUCAGUUUUCAGUCUUGAUAGUAUCACAGGCGCUUCCCCAAAAAGUUAUAUCGUAUUCAGAACUAGCAYUUUUGACACCCAGUUAAUGCACGACAAAAUUCCUUUCAGCAUCAGGUCUGUACAACCUGAAAAUCGUCUAUUUCGAUGAAAUAAGUAUACUCCAAAAUUUAAAGUAAGUUCUUUAGUGAAAAAAGUUGAAAAUAAUUCGAAACAGUUGCAAAUACACCUCGAAUACUUUCAUCAAAAUGGGAUCCAAUGAUUUGCUCUUUAUGUUGUUGUGACACUGAGCUAUAAAAGAAGUUGAAGGAAACGUGGCCGUUUUACAUUUGAAACUGUAUCAGCUAUUUGUUUUGCAACUUUAAUAGUUAACAGUUACUAUGAUAAGUCUCGCGCUAUAAGGAAAGCUGCUCUUGGGGGGUUAUUAAUUGAGAAAUGACGACCAAAACUGCUGCAAUACUCUUCAAAAGUAGGCCAGUUCAGUUCUUCAUUCUACGAUACGUAGCUUUCACAGAACAUCCUCCAUCAAACUUUCAUCAAUACCAUAAUGCAUUUCGCUAUUAAAACUAGUAUGACGUCAUUAGAAGGUAGACCCAUUCUAUAAAAAUAUUGGUUUUCAUCCUCUGAAACAAUAAACCGGAUCUACAGUCUUUUGAAUUUGAUUAAGAAUCUCCGCCUCCGUUAGAGUUGCGUCAUAAGCAGGAAGCUACCUCUGUUUUCUCUUUGAAACGCACAAGAAUAGAAACUGUUUUACCACCUAUCCUUUGUAUGAACACACAAAUAUAGAUUACAGUUCAAUCUAUUUGUACUCUGCGGUCGUUGAAAAAGCAAGUGCCAAACCGUCCCGAACCUUAGGAGAAUUCAAGCUUCAAUCACAACGAGAUUUAAAGUUUCUUGCAAAUUCUCCCAAAAUGAUAUUCUCGUACAUAAUUUUCACAUCAUUAGGACUUUAAUGUUAACGCUGUGUUAGGAAUGCAAUAAAUACAGUUUAUUGAUGACGAAAUUCAGUUAAGAGUGUUUUAGUUCUCUUUCAAGCAGCAAAGCAAAGUUUUUCCGAAUUAUUUGUGAUGGAGGAUUUAUUCCGUUCCUCUCCCAUAGCAAGGGACCGUAUAGAAAGAGGKCAAAUGGCCAUUAGUGCCAGAAAUGCAAGCCAUAAAGAAGARCUUGAAAGGUACAAGAACACACUUGACCAACAGAGAAGACGAGAGAAGUCAUUUUUGCUCUUCCAACGAAAGAAGUUCGUCUCUCGACAAGAAAAAAUCCUCGGGAAAUCUUUUCAAACUUGUACAAGUCAAAGAGAAAGUAAACGCAGCGAACUACCUCGCGCAAUGGAAAAUCGAAUCGUGAAGGAGAGAAAAAUGUCCCACGACUCGACCUCAAUUAACAAAAUAUCCAAGGCAGAAGUCAAGAAAACUCAAAGUAGGAGAAGUUCUAGUGCUUGUGGUAAAAUUAAUCGGCAAAUAAAGGARAAGCCAAAAGAAAAUGACGUUUCUACAAAAAGCAAAAUUACAGAAAAUUUGGAAGUCGAGAAGUCAAGAAAAUUUUCGAAAGAAUCCGUCAACAGGAGUGAAGAAAUUGUAAAGAUAAAAUCACUAGAAAUUUCGACUAAAGAAAAAUUAGAUAUAAAGGAAAGACAAGUCAAGCAAGACAAUUUCUUUUCUUCGGAAAAUACAGACGAAAAAGUGACAGAAAGUUUUCUUUUUGGGGAAAGUUCUCCGGUUGUGCGAAAGGAUACGAUCGAAAACCGACGACAAAUCGAACGACUUCGGACUUCACGAAUAUCAUUGAGUCUUCCGGAAAUCAUCUGUCCGAGCAAGCUCAAUGCCGAAGACUUCGCAGAGACAAGUGAUUUAAKCAACAAAGAUUGUAAACUUACAAAGAAACUAAAAAAGUCUAAAAAGAAUCGCGGUMCGAAGAAGCAUCCAACAAAGAAGCGAACACCAARAUCACUCGYYAAAUCUUCGAGUCUUCCCGACGUACGCGCGAGCACUUCMGAAAAAAMCUGUGAAUCCAAAACUAAAAAAUGUGCAGAAAAAUCAAAAMGGGAAACUGGUUUGACACUUCCUCGUGUAACACAGAAACAUACCGAUGCAAAGCCGAAGAAAACCGAAGCUAGUGUAAACUUGUCGGUCGUUUGUCGGGUUAUACGUAUUAAAAACCAUUUAACUAAAAGAAAAAGAUCAAGAAAGGAAAGAGACAAAAUAUUUGUUCGAAAAGAGGAAGAAUUAAGAUCUCCAGAAGACUGGGAAUCUUUAAAAAACUGUCGAUAUCUUAGGAUUACGAACACAGAUACAAGGGAGGCGGUMCUGACAUAACUAUAUUGAAAGGCAGACUUUAUUUUUAACAGUACCUAAGACAAUGGACUGUGCAAUAUUUAUCAGGAGUCAGGAGGGGGGGGGGGGACGUAUGAUUUUAUGUGCUUAAAGAAAGGAGGCAACGUCUAAAAUUAACUAGGACUUUGAUUGGAAAAUCAACGGUGUCAGAUUCGAAAACUUGUUAAGAAAAGUGUGCCACGAUUUGCGGCAAAUCUUUAUUUAUGCAUAAUAAAUGAAUAAAUUCACGGGAGGGGGGAGAGCCUAAUUUAUUUCGUUUGCAAGGGAGGUAGUAAUUAACGUUUUUCAUUUUUUAGCUCAUUUCUCAGACUCCCCCUCCUGAUAAAUAUUGCGCAGUCCCCUAAAUUGCCAAUAGUAUAYUUUUAUUAUGACGUAUAUUUAAUAAAGUACAUUUUUACUUAA